CUAGAGGACUGUAUAUAAUCUGACCAAACGAUGCACCAAUCAUCUACAUUUACAGGAAAAAAUACACCUGCAUAUUUGUGCAAGUAAAAACUUAUUAAUUUUAUUGUGAAUAGCUGCAAAUGCUAAGGUGUUGGACGCGACCACAACACAGAUCAGCUGAUGAUAUAAACACAGCACGGAACAUGAAUCAGCAGCCAGCAGGACCUUACACGACUCCAGCGUGAACUUUGAUAAAAGUGUAGACGUCUCGCCCUGCUCUGGACAUCUGUGGUUUAAUCCCUAUGUUGUUUUUAGGCCGCCUCUGCAACUGAGAAGUGAAAGAUCGAUCCUUUUUCCUGUGUUGAAGAUCGUCUCCUGACUGGGGAAAGUGGCCACCAACCAUCAGAUUCUGGAGGAGAUUCAUCUUAUCUUUUUUAUUUUUCUUCCCCAGUUUGAACAAUAUUUUUAACACUGGACACUUGCACGUAGAGCUCAGAACACGACUCCAUUGCUGUUCUUCAAUAAAAUCAACAAACAACACGGAAAGACUACAUUACUCAAUAUUCACCGAAUUGCGAAUGGGCAGAUUCACUGCUCCUAGGCCAGCCUACUAAGAAAUUUCAACCACUUCUACUUAAUAUUACAGCCGGAAAUGUUCCUUGUAGGGUUAACUGGAGGGAUAGCAACUGGCAAGAGUACUGUUAGUGCAAUGAUUCGGGAUAUGGGCAUCCCUGUAGUUGAUGCAGACCUUAUUGCCAGGCAGAUUGUGGAGCCUGGUAAAAGGGUAUCAAAGAAGAUUCGUGCAAAAUUUGGAGAUGAAGUGUUUUUAGAUUCGGAAAAACUUGAUAGAGUAAAGCUGGGCAAAGUGAUAUUUUCUGAUGCAACGAAACGGAAGAUCAUCAACAAGAUAACUCACCCAGAGAUAUAUAGUGAAAUACGCCGGCAAGUCAUCUUUAACUUUCUGAAAGGAGAGCAGUUUGUGGUUUUAGAUCUUCCACUCUUAUAUGAAAGCAAUAAAGUUGCACCUUACCUGUACAAGACUAUUGUCGUCACGUGUGAUGAUGAGAUGCAGUUGGAACGGUUAAUGGCUAGAAACCAGUUCACUGAAAAGGAAGCCAUAUCUCGUAUUGAAGCCCAAAUGCCACUUGACAAAAAAUGCAGUAUGGCUGACAUCAUCAUUGAAAACUCAGGAAGUAUAGAAGCUACCAGAAAGCAAGUGGAAGGAAUUAUCAAGUUACUUAGGUCUUCAAACCACCACAUCUAUAAUCGUGCUGUCUAUGGAGGAGGCUUCUUGGCUAUUGUGUCAGUCAUUGUAUAUUUUUUAUUAGUUUAUGUGAUGGGAAUAGUAUAAGAAUAUGACUCAAGAAAGUGAACACUUUGAAUCAUAAUGAGAUAAAUACUAAUUCCCAAUCCUGUUUAUCCAGUUCUGGAAUAUUGUCACAGCAAAAUAUCUCCGUGGAACUUUUAUUUAUUUUUGUUUAGAACAGUAUGUGCAAAACAUUUUCACUAAGUAGUAUUUUAUAGAUAACUAAAUGAUUUCACAGCUAAUAAAAAAAAUAUUCAUUUAGCUAGUUAUUAGUUCACAGAUUUUUUUAUCCAUUAUUUCUACCACUGUGUUCAACUUCAUAAAUAUUUUUAUUCAUUAUAUUAAUGAUCAUAACUUUAUUUGUGGUUUUAUCUUAAUUUAUAUUAUAAAUUUGAUCUGAUUUGUUGCUAAAUUUUAAUUUUACAGUAUUUCAUUUUGAUAUAUGUAAUAGUUUUAUUUAAAUAUUGUUUAAGGUUUGGGAAAUAAUUUUAUGCAAAAGAUUAAGCAGGCUUCCAAUUCACCAUAUGUCAUACGAGUGUGAAAUGGAAGCCUGUUAUCCUUUUUACACUCUGGCAGGAUAACCAGUCUUUUCCUGGCAUUUCAAGAAUGUGUAAUGUGACAGGUAAAUCUUGAGUGGGUAAUGGUAUGAGAGACUGACACAAUGAUAGACACAGAUGCCGUUAUUGAUGCAGUUUCACCCCAUGCAGUGAGCUUUAUCAAGUCACCAACAGAUUUGACUUAAACUCGUUUUGUGGCUGAAACUUCAUCAGUAAAACUUUUGUGUAACUAUUUGUCGUUCUAAGAAAAUCUUAUGGACUUCCACUUACACUUGGAAUACACUUUCCUGUAAUAUUUCCAUUCCAUUUUAGGACUAGUCUGAGACUAAUUCCUGGAACCAAUAGCAGACAUUGUAUAUUAUCCUUGCUGUCUUUGAUACAAGAAAAUAGAACAUAGUGUUAUAACUAUUGAUGUUAUAUUAGCCAAAGUAUUAAUAGUACACUUUGGCAUGAUUAAACUUGUUGAGCAUUAUAGUAAUUGUUUUGGCAUGUCUUGUAAAAUUACCAAAAUUAUUAACAGUUUGAUAAAUUCUUAGUCUUCUGUAGCCAAUACAUGUAUCCUAAUUUUAUAAAUUCGCCUUUUUGUCUCAUACACUUGUAUUAUUAUUUUCACAAAACAUCAUGCUAAACUUAAGUUGAGUAUCCUUUGCCAACAUUGCCUUUACCAUAACUAAUCCUCAUUGUUUGCUAAAAUUAGGUCAAGCAGGUUAUUCCAUUGGUUGGUUCUGUUACAGACUGCUUCAGAAAAUAGUCCUGGACUAUUGUUGAAGUCUUAAAUCUCCCUGUCAAAUAAUUCCAGUCAAUUUGGUUAAUUAUCAUAUGAAGCCUUAAUAAUUUCAUCUCCAAGUCUCCUCCCUUGGUUGUUUUCUAGUAUUGCAGGUUAGCACUGAACACCUAAUAUCAGUUUUUUAUUUCCUCUAGAAAAACUGCAACCAAACCAAUUCAGUGUCAGUUCUUUCAGAUUUUAUAUUUCUGAUGCAACACUUCUAUGCUAAAGUGCUACUCUAUCCCCUUUAUUGUUGUCUAUCAGUGUAGAAUACAGUACUUUGUCCUUUUAUGUGGCAUUUGGCAAGGAUGUUUCGAUUCUUUAAAUUAAACCAUGUUUUAGUUAUUGCAGUAAUAUCAGUGUUUCCUGUAUAUGAAAUUUAUCUAGGUUAAUAUUGUUCUUAGCACUACAUCUACUUGUAGCAUACUGUAUUUGUAUAAUAUAUGCUGAGAAAGUUU